AUGUGCAAGACGCCAAUGCACGAGUUCCUGGCUGCUCUGCCGAAAUGCGAGCACCACUUGCACAUUGAGGGCACGUUCGAGCCCGAGCUGCUCUUUGAGCUGGCGGCCAAGAACAACAUUACGCUGCCGGCCGACAAGGAUGCGGCCUUUGCCUCGAUCGAGGCCCUCAAGGCCCGGUACCUGACGUUUGCCAACCUCGACGACUUCUUGGGCUACUACUACAUUGCCAUGUCGGCGCUGAUUGACGCGGCCGACUUUGAGGCCCUCGCCUAUGCCUACUUCAAGAAGGCCGCGUCGCAAAACGUCCGCCACGCCGAGGUCUUUUUCGACGCCCAGGUGCACACGGAGCGCGGCGUCGCCUUUGAGACGGUGGUCUCUGGUCUCAAGGCCGCCAAGGCCCGCGCCGAGCGCGACUUUGACCUGACGGUCGAGCUCAUCAUGUGCCUGGUCAAGCACCUGCCGCUGCCCAGCGCCAUGGAGACUUUUGCCCACGCCCGCGACGGCGGCUUCUUUGCCGACGGCACCCUGCUGGCCAUUGGCAUGGACUCGUCCGAGAAGCCGUUCCCGCCAAACAUGUGGACCGAGCUGUACGACGCCGCGCGGGCCGCGGGCAUCCGCCGCACCAUGCACGCCGGCGAGGAAGGGCCCUCGGACUACGUGGUGCAGUCGCUGGACCUGCUGGGCGCGCAGCGCAUCGACCACGGCCUGAGGACCUUCGAGGACCCGGCCCUGGUCAAGCGCGUCGUCGACGAGAAGAUCAUGCUGACGACGUGCCCCCUGUCCAACCUGAAGCUGCAGUGCAUCUCGUCCAUGUCCGAGUUCCCCCUGCGCCAGCUGCUCGACGCCGGCGUGCGCUUCAGCGUCAACAGCGACGACCCGGCCUACUUUGGCGGUUACAUUCUCGAAAACUACUGGGUCCUGCAGGACACGUUUGGCCUGACCGUUGCCGAGUGGGAGGGUAUCGCCCGUGGCGCCGUCCUCGGCAGCUGGUGUAGCGAGGAGAGGAGGGCGCAGCUGCUGGCGCAGAUUGAUGCCGUCAUGGCAGAGUGGAGCGGCAAGCUGUAA